AUGUCUUCAUCAUCAGAGGCAUCGACAAAAAGUAGUAGUAGUGACAAUAGUCAAUCAUCAUUACAACAAGAUGCAAAUAUUGUUCUAAUUGGACCUCCAGGAAGUGGCAAAGGAACACAAAGUUCGAAAUUAUCAGUGCAUUAUAAAAUAUGUCAGCUAUCAACAAGUGAUCUACUACGUCAAGCAACUCAAGAUCAAUCAUCAUCGGAAGGUCAACAAAUUCGAAAAGCUAUGGAAGCUGGUGGUCUUGUCGAUGACCAUAUUGUUUUAUCACUAGUUAAUAAAAAUCUAACUAAACCUGAAUGUAGUAAUAGAUUUUUAUUCGAUGGAUUUCCUCGAACAAUAAAUCAAGGUGAACAGCUGGAGCAAUUACUUGCAUCAAAACAAAAACGACUUGAUGCCGUAUUAGAAUAUGCUAUCUCUGAUGAUCUAUUAAAAAGACGUAUUCGUGAUCGACUUAUUCAUAAGCCAUCGGGUCGAACAUAUCAUGAAGAAUUUCAUCCACCUAAAGAAUCAAUGAAAGAUGAUAUAACAGGUGAACGUCUUGAUCGUCGUUCGGAUGAUACAACUGAGACAUUGAAUGCCCGAUUAAAUACUUAUCAUAAACAAACAAUACCAUUGAUUGAUUUUUACCGUCAACGAAAUAUUCAUCGUUGUGUUGAUGCAACUAAAAAAGUAAAUGAUGCUUAUCAAGAAUCGCUUGAAAUCGUUGAUUACUUACAUAAACAACCAACUUAUAAACCUGCGCCAAUUGAUCAAAAUCCAGUUGAUAAAAAUGUUUUAAGUAAAAAUUUCCUAUCUAUUUACAAUUCAGUGACAAGCGUAUUACGUGAUCAUGGUCUUAUUUAA